AUGCGGGCUGUCAACACCUUUGUUUACCCCUUGGUCGCGUCCCUGGCCCUUGUGGCCAACGCGGAGAACAACGCUCUCCAUGCGCGCCAUAUCAACCGUGCUCGUGGUAUCAAUGGCACUCCUCCUCCUUCUGGAUCUCUGCCCACCAUCUACAGCACCGUCUCUUCUUCUGCCACUCCUCUGCAGACUCCCCACUCGCCCUCUGGAAAGCCUCACUACACCCCAUCCUCUCGCUCUGUCCCCGCUCCCUUGGGUACUGGACCUGCUGGCUCUGGUGCUGCCUCGAGCGUUGUGACCAGUGCUGCUUCUGAGACCCCUGGUGCCGUCUACACCACGGACUACUCGACCUCUGAUAUCGUUGUCACUUACACUCUGGGAUCCGGUACCUCUACCAGUGUCGUGACCACCACGAUCCAGAAGACCAAGACCGAUGUCCACACUGUUUACCCGACUGGCAGCUACACUGCCCCCAACGAGGGAGGCCAUGGCCAACAGCCCCAGGAGACCACUGUUGUCGAGGGUACCAAGACCAAGACCUUGACUCUGGUCGAGACCCCAACCAGCUACGUUACCGAGGGCAAUGGUGCUGGUGCCACUGCUUGCAACCAAGCCACUGUCACCGUGACUGCCACUGAGACCGAGACCGUUACUGUGGGCGCUGCUCCCACUUCUGGUGCUGGUGGUAACAACGGCCAUGAUGGACACGGUCACGGAAAUGGCAACGGCAACGGUAAUGGCGGAGGCGAGUCCACUGGAUCUGGAGAGAGCCCCGAGCCAACCAACACCUCCACUGAGCCUGUUGUGCCGGUCCCCAGCGCCACUCUCACCACCAGCCGUGCCCCUUACAGCAACGGAACUGCUCCUUACCCCUCAACCACUGCUACACCUUCCGGCUUCCGCACUAGCUCCAGCGCUAUCCCUUCGGGAACUCCCAGCGUCAAGCCCACCCCUAGCGGUGCUCCCAGCCCCUCCGGUACCCCCGGCGGCAGCUACCCUCACUCUUUCCGCCGUCGCUUCAUCUAA